GCUGGGAGGAGAGGGCUGUCAACAACAGCGACAAAUCGUCUUGACUACUUCAUUUCACCUGAUUCCACUUUCGUUUACCUGUUCCUCUUCUUGGUUCGUGCGAUGGUUGACUUUAUUUUCUAGUUUUGAUGCCAAGAGAGUGGAAGCGAGCUGCAUUGUCUCUCUGCGUAGAUCUGCCUCACUCUCCAUUCUGCCAAAACAGUGCGGUUUUAGUUUGAAGCAUUGUUUAGGUAGUGGUAUUGGUAACUGUUUGAUCAUUUAGCUGGUUAUCUAUAUAGUUAGUCGCUCAUAAUUGCUGCAGUUAAUUGAUUUUAAUUUUGUAGUUUGUCUUUUGCCGUCAUGCUUUACUGUAAUGCGGUUUUAGCAGGCUAAAGUAACAUGACGUUUCUUAGGUGAAAUCCUUACUGUGGCAUGCUCUGGGGCGCAAUAGACCUCCAUUAGCAAUUGGCUAGUCUCUUUUACCAAUAAGUAUCCCCAUCAAACCAAGAUAAACAAUUUUGUGGACGGAAGCCUAAGAGCACGAUGAGGUCCCUCCAGGACUUUUUGAAUUGCACUUAAAAAGGAGAGCGAAGGCGAGAGAGAGAGAGAGAGAGAGGCUACAGGAAGCGACGCCUGCCAACCAUCAAAAACACCAAACAUACUCGCCUCAUCUUAGCCUUUGAAAAGAAGACAACUCUUGAUUAGGUUGCUAGAAUAUUUUGAUAUAGACGUUCUUAUUUCUCAGUAAACUAAAGGAAGAUGAAGAAGUUUCGGAAGGUACUGGAUGGCCUGUCUUCCUCCUCUCAGGGGGCUGUCGCGUCCCCGUCAUGCAGCAGUGCAGCUGGUACCCCGCCCACUCCCCAGGAUAUCCAUGUCCAGGAGACGCUAGUCUCGGAGAACUUUCACAUAUGCAAGACGGUACGCCAUGGCUUCCCCUACCAGCCCACCUGCCUGGCAUUCGACCCCGUCCAGAAGAUCCUGGCCAUCGGCUCCAGAACAGGAGGCAUACGCAU